UUGGUACCUAUCAAAAAUCAAAAUACCUAUCAAAUCAAUGUCAAUCUUUAUUCUUGUAUUAUUCUUGUAUUAAUAACAUAUUGACAUAAUAUUUUAAAAGGAAAAUAUUAGAAAUUUUAUGUUUUAAUUUGUGCACAUACCUAGAAAUUUUAUUAAUUGAUAUUAAUUUCUAAUUUAACUUACAAGGUUAAAUCAAAUGUGCAAAGUUUAUAAGUUUAUACGGUUACUUUGAGUACUGUUGCUUUUUUUUUUGUAAAUAUGAGCACCAUGGAAGAAAUAGAAGAAGAGUCAAAAGCAGCAGCAGAAAAAAUGGUUAUGAAUAUGAUGCAACGACCUGGUCAGCUGGAAAAGGUUGAACAAUAUAAAAAACGGAUAACACAUAAAAAGGCAUCAAUUGAGGCCCAACUUAAAUCAGCAGUUCAAGGAAAAUUGGAUGGAGUGAGUGUAGGUUUACGACAGCUACAAGAGUGCCUUGAUGAUGUUCAACAAAUCAGUUUAAAAAUGGAUGAAUUAGAAGAACUAUUAAAAGGUGUACCACCGUUAGUAGCAUCUCUACAAGCAGUGCGAGAAGAAGAUUGUCGUCAUUCUCAAUAUGUUACUGCUAUGGACAGUUUAAAACACAUUUUUACAGUUCCAGAAAGUGUUGCAAAAACCAAGCAAUGGAUUGGUGAAGGAAAAUUGCUACAUGCUCACCAGUGCCUCAGUGAUCUUGAAAACUCAAGAGAUGAUCUGCUUUAUGAGUUGCAUAGACUUCCCAAUCAGUCUUCACAUGAUAAAAUUAUGUUAAAAGCAUAUUUUGAAGAUGUUGGUGUUGUAUCCAAUUUAUUGGAGAAGCAGAUAAAACUUAUACUGGCGAGAACUCUAAAUACCGUUAGGAAAGAGCCAACCGUCAUUGUGACUGCAUUGAGAAUUAUAGAAAGAGAAGAAAAGAGAGACCAAAUGGCAUUACAGCAACAAGAUCAGUCUGGCUUUAUGCCACCUGGUAGACCAAAGAACUGGAGAAAGACGGCAUUUGAGGAACUAGAACGUGCAGUUGCUCAGCGCAUCGAAGGCACGCGAGUCGACGAGCGUGAAGAUAACAAAUUAUGGUUGAUACGAUAUUUAGAACUAACAAGACAACUUAUUUUAGAAGAUUUGAGAGUGGUGAAAACCUUGUGUGUGCCUUGUUUCCCGCCACAUUACGAUAUUGUUAAUAAAUAUGUUAAUAUGUAUCACACAUGCCUUUCUUGCAGUUUGCAAGAUGUUGUCCAGAAUGGUUUAGAAGGCAAUGAAUAUGUGACUUUGUUGUCAUGGAUACUAAACACAUACCCUGGACAGGAGUUAAUGGGAAGUCCAGAACUUAAAAUCGAUGUUUCUACGUUACCUCCAUUACUCAGUGAUGAAAUGAUGCAAAAACUGCAAGACGAAUAUUUACAGAAAAUGGAAUCCAACUACCGCGAGUGGAUGGACAAGACGCUCGAGUCGGAGCGCGCGGAGUGGGGCGGCGAGCGCUCGCCCGAAGUGGAGCCGCACACUGCCGCGUUCCACACGCACGCGCCUGUUAUUAUAUUCCAGAUGAUCGAUCAGAAUCUGCAGGUUACAGAAACAAUAACAAAAGAAAUCACAUUCAAAGCUCUCCUAUUGAGUAUUGAACAAGUGACUCGCUUCGGAAAUAUGUACAGGGAAGGUGUAAUACAGUUUAAGAACGCACACUUCGCGGACCGCGCUCGCGUCGCUUACUUCACGCACCACAUGAUCACAAUAGUGAAUAACAGCGAGCAGAUGGUGCGGCUCGCGCAGCAGACGCAGGCGCGACACUGGCCGCCCGCGAGACAUGACCCGCCCGCUGAGGAGAAGUUCAACAGGAUGCUGGCCACGUUCCAGAAUUUGAGAAACGAGGCUGCUAACUUUUUACUCGAAGAAGCCUUUUUAGAUCUAGAAGAACAUUUUGAUGAUCUUUUUACAGCCAAAUGGCUAACUUCUAGCAUUCCAGUUGAUACAAUAUGCGUUACGCUCGAGGAUUACUUCCAAGACUAUAAUCAUUUGAGGGAGAAAAACUUCGAGUACGUAAUAAAUCAAGCGCAAAAUCUAGUCUACAGAAAGUAUAUUACAGCAAUGUUGUCAAAGAAAGUUACUUUUAAAACUGUUGAUGAGGCACAACAAGCAGCGACUAAGAUAGUGAAAGAAGCCAACCAGAUCAGAUCGUUUUUCAAGAAAAUUGCUCUCGCUGCCGAAGGAAUCAAUGUGGACUGGCCGUUUGAAGUACUGAGCACUCUAGCUGAAGUGCUUCGUUGCCAAGACAUCGAGAUGUUAUCUCUGGACCUGCACGGUGUAGUGGACAAGUGUCCCGGGGUUAGCGAGGAGCAACUGGCCCGCUUGGUCAUGUUGCGGGGCGACGUGCCCCGGGCACAUGUCCGCGAUACUGUAGCCCACGUGUGCUCCACUAGACGACCUGCGAGAUCUAGCACGCACCCCACACAUCCCGAUUUGUUCAAGGAUAUCACGUUUAGCGAUCGAUUGUUGUCCCACUUUACUCUGUAGAAGCUAUUAUUUGGGAUUUCGUGAAUAUCUUUAAAAAUAGGUUUUAUUGCAUAUAUGUUUGGAUAAUGUAGCAUACGCCUUAUGCGUAAUACAAUAGAUGAACCAGUCCCAUAGUCCAGAAAUAAUAUUUAGUAAUAGAUAAUUAAUUUACGUUUUAUAAGCUACAAAAUAAUUGAAAAGACAUUUUUUAUGUUCUUCGCACUAUACAUAUAAGGUGCAUUUGCGAUAUGCAGUACAUAUUAUGCUAUCAAUUUUCUUUAUUGACUAGUCUGAUUUGACUAUUAAUUGCGUAAAUCUUUUUUAUUACUUAUAUAUAUAUUAAUUAGAAUAAUAAUAUACAAAAUGUUUUAAUAAACCGUUCAUAAAAAUUCAAAUUAGAAUCUAAAUGAAAGCCCUGUACUUUGCUUAUUUGCCUUUCAGCCUUCCGUAUUCUGACAGGAUAAAUAAACAAAUUGCUUUACGCUUUAAAUAUUGGGCAGGCAAAAAUAGAUCCCGUGUGGUAUCUUGCAGUCGCUCUUUAAAAACUAAAUUGUUAAAAUACAUAGGUUUAGCUAUUGGUAAUUAUAUAAUUAGUCGAAAAUUUAAUAUUAUAUUUAAUUAAUUGACUUUAGGAUAUAUUGUGGCUUAUCCUCGCCUUUUCUUGAAAUAAGGAUAUUUGUUUUGCAAUUAUUUAAAAUUGAUGCUAACUGCUUAAUAAAAUUACAUAGGCGAAAGUUAAGUGCAGAUUUCAAGGAUUGUUCAUAAAUUAUAAGACAAAUAUUAUUGUUUAUUGUAAAUGUAUAAAGGUUUUUAUUACUUAAAUUAUUAUUUGUUUAAUCUGUUAUAUGUAAAUAUG